UCUCCUGGCCCGCCUAGAGACACCGAUGUCCUGGUUCUCAAGAGCAAGCGCAUCAGUUACCCCGUCCACUUCCCCGCCUACACUAUCGAAAAGGGGGAGUUGAGAGUCAAAUCUGUCAGAGAGCAGGCCGCCAAGAAGACUGGUGCGGAUGCGCGGCACAUCAAGCUCUUCUUCAGAGGCAAGAACAUGAAGGACGAUAGCAACUCGUGUCGUGCCGAGGGUCUCAGACACAAUAGCGAGAUCAUGUGUGUUGUGGGAGACGCUGUUCCCGAGUCCAUGAGCUCGAGCGAUUCGGAAGGCGAGGAGGCAUCUGCCGACGGCGGAGACGCACCCAAGAGGAAACGCAACCGCAACAAGAACAAGAAGAAGAAGUCCAAGAAGCCCGCAGCAUCGCAGAAUGACUCGUCGAGGACCGAGUCACCACGUCCCGCACCAACCCCAGCCACACCCAUGGACAAGCUGAAUGCCGUCAACUCGACUCUCCAAGCCUUGCUACCUCAGUGUGUGCAAUUCUUGGCCAACCCACCCGCCGAGCAAGCAAAGAAGGAUUUCGAGCACAAGCGCCUUAGUGAGACCGUGCUUGCACAGGUCCUUCUCAAGCUGGAUGCUGUCGACACCGAAGGCGACCCAGAUGCAAGAGCAAGAAGAAAGGAGCUGGUCAGAGAGGCUCAGAAUGUACUCAAUAGCUUGGACGAAAAGAUCAAGUCAUGA